AUGUUGGAAACGGCGCAGCAUCUUCCUCCGGGCCUGACAGCUCUUCGGAAUCCGGCUGACAGCGUUCUGCUGGCAGGAGCUGCUCUCGUUUCUCGUUUCCGUUCAUCUGGCAGCUCCCUGAACUUAGGAGCCCCGGGGGGGUCAGAGGUCACCCGCCCAGCUUGCUCUUCUCCCUCUGGUCCCUUCACUCCCACUCCCCGGACCCCUCGACUUUGUCUCUGGCUCCCCCCGAACCGGCUGGAGGUGCCACGCCGUCCCCGGGUUUUUCCCCCCCCCAACCCCCCGACUCCCCCAAUCCCCCCAAUCCCCGCCCCCCCUGGUGGUACUUUUCAUGAGGAGGGGUCGGCGUCUCGCCCCAGGGGGGGGGGGGGGGGGGGCGGCGGCGGGGGGGGGGGCGGUGGCGGGGGCUCGUCCUCCCCGGCCGGCGGCGUGGGAGGAGGGGGUGCGGGCGGCGCGGCGGGGUACGGCAACCGGGAAGCCCGCGGAGGAGGAGGAGGAGGAGGAGGAGGUGGGGGAGGGGGGGGGGGGGGGGACGAAGGGGGGAGCACGGGGAACCUGGAGUCGCUGAUGGUGAACAUGCUGACGGAGAGGGAGCGGCUGCUGGAGAGCCUGAGGGAGACGCAGGACAGCCUGGGCACCGCCCACCUCCGCCUCAGGGAGCUGGGCCACGAGAAGGACCGGCCGCACACGGGGGCCGAGCUGAUCUGGGUUUUGGACUUUGGACUUCCUGUUUCUGAAACACGAGGUCCGGUGCCGUGCCAUCGUUCGAUCCCCUGGUGUUCACGUGCACGAUCGCGAGACAGUGACGAUGAGCGGAGCCAGCGUGAGCGUCGGCCCAGCUGGGUGAUCCAGAACUAA